AUGUCUGUGUUGUUUUAGGAAACGAUUUUCUUGAAUCGGUAUAUUAUAAUGGUUUUAUACAGUAUCGAUGGAGCAUUGGACACGAAAGGCAAAAGCGUUAUUAAGAAAAAGAAUCGCAAUAAGAAAAAAUCUAAAGAGGGGUGUUUAAUGGGUAAAUUGAAAGAAUUUUGUAGACGAACUGAUUUACACGGAUAUAAGUACAUUGUGAUGGAGGAGCUCAGCUUUCUUGAAAGGUUCUGUUGGUUUAUAGCAGUUGUAAUGAGUACAGUCAUUGCAAUUUAUUUUGUGGUUACAGCAUACAGAUGGUAUGCCAGGAACCCCAUAGUCACCGUUAUAGAAAGUACACAGGGCGCUAUAUGGGAAGUACCAUUUCCUGCAGUGACGAUUUGCGAUUUGAAUAUAAUUUCUCGUAUGGCAGCACGACGAUUUGCUGACAAUUUAACGUUACCAGCUAAUAUUAGUGCCGAUUUUGUGUUCAACGCCAUUCGGCUAGCGCCUAUGUUGCAUUCUUCAUACAUAAUUGAUAAUGAACAUAAGGAAGACUUACGUAAAUUGCAAUUGGUACUAGACCUAAAUAAUGUAUCAAUAAAUAUGCUAUUUCGGGAGUUAUCACCAGCAAAGUCAUGCAAUCAUUUAGUUCAAAGGUGUAUGUGGAAGAAUACAAUCUAUCGAUGUAAUGAGCUGUUCCAAAACAUAUUUACAACUAUGAGCCUAUGUUGUGCUUUCAACUAUUUGGCCGUGAUGGAGAAUGACAACGUGACCUCACAAGACCUUAGUACGAGCAGUCCUCGCCGCGUAGCGUCCUGUGGCUACCAAACAGCUCUUACUGUUAUUCUGAAUAAUAAUGCUGAUGAUUAUUAUAGUGCUUUCGUGGCUUCUCAAGGAAUUUUGGUAUUUAUAGAUGAUGCAUACAAUAUACCUGAUAUGGAUACUCCUGUACGCAUGGUGAAUCCUUCCACGGAAGUGCUUAUAUCAUUAUCACCGGAACGCACCUAUGCAACGCCAGGUAUUAGGUCCUUUAGACCUGAGCAGAGGCAGUGUUAUUACUUUGAUGAGUUACAGAUUGGCAUCUUCCGACAGUACUCCUUCCAUAACUGUAUGGUAUUUAUCAAAGUAGAACUGUUUCGAAGCAUAUGCCAAUGUAUACCGUACUAUUUUCCCAUGAAAGGACAAUAUCGUGUCUGUAACUUCCAUGACUUGGACUGUAUGGAAAAACUUUUAAGUCCUACGGAAGUGUAUCUCAACUAUUCUAAGCACCACCAAACACUGCAUUGCUUACCAGAGUGCGAACAUUUCGAUUAUCAUUUGGAAGUAGCACUUGGAACAUUAGCUAACAAUAUAGAACUCAAUGGACUUCCAUUUUAUAAGGACAUCAGUUUGGAGAACCGAUCCUUGUUAAAUGUGUUCUUCAAUGAUUUGGUUUCAACAAAAUAUCGACGUGAUGUAUAUUUAAACUGGCAAAAUAUAUUAGCUGCAUUUGGCGGUCUCCUAAGUUUGAUGCUGGGUUUCACUCUUAUAUCAGGAUUUGAUCUCAUACUCUUCUUCACUUUUACAACGGUCUACGAGCAUUUCUUCAAGCAUGACGAAGAGGACCAUAAGAAGAACGCUUUUUCUGACCCUAAAAUUUAUACAAGCAAUCGAUUAAAUGUAAAAUCCUAUCCAAAAAAAUAUGCGUGGUUAGAUAAAUCGGCUUUAACACCUCAAAAAUGGUGAUAGAUUUUUAAUAUCAAAGCCGCGCUCAUGAUUAUGUGAGUAUUCAUACGACUUCAACUUAUUCCUUGCUCUGUUUGAUAUAACUGUGUUUUGUCUUUCACAUCUUCUCUUUCCUUCAAUAAUAAUAUCAAGUCGUAUCAAGUACUACAACAUUUUUCGCGUCUAUUUUCAAUAUCAUUUUUGCUAUUUAUCUUCGUAGAACAUCUUUCCAGCUAAUUCUUU